CCCCGCAUGUUUCCGGACACCUGAACCCCGGGGACCCUCAGAGGAGCCUCCCGGUGGGGGAAGAGGAACCCCGCGCCCCGCACAGCCGCACGCACCGCGGGCGCCGCACCUCCUUUGCGUCCUGGGGAGGAGGAUGGGGCUGGAAGCGCUUUCCCCGAGGAUGCUCGUGUGGCUGGUGGCCUCGGGGAUUGUUCUGUACGGGGAACCCCGGGGCUGUGCCGCCGGCUUCGAUUACGAUUACACUUUGGAGGCGAACGAGGAGGACAAGGCGGCCACGAUCGAUUACAAGGACCCGUGCAAAGCCGCUGUAUUUUGGGGUGAUAUUGCCUUAGAUGAUGAAGACUUAAAUAUAUUUCAAAUUGAUAGGACAAUUGACCUUACACAGAACCCAUUUGGAAAACUUGGACAUACCACAGGUGGAUUUGGAGACCAUGCUAUGUCAAAGAGGAGAGGGGCCCUCUACCAACUUAUAGACAGGAUAAGAAGACUUGGCUCUGGCUUGGAGAAAAACAUCACAGUUAAGGGAAAAGCACCUCUAAAAUUCUCAGGGCAAAAUGAGAAAAAUCGCUUUCCCAGAGCUGCUACAUCAAGGACUGAAAGAAUUUGGCCCGGAGGUGUUAUUCCUUAUGUUAUCGGAGGCAACUUCACUGGCAACCAGAGAGCCAUGUUUAAGCAGGCCAUGAGACACUGGGAAAAACAUACCUGUGUGACGUUCAUAGAGAGGAGUGAUGAAGAGAGUUACAUUGUAUUCACAUAUAGGCCCUGUGGAUGCUGUUCCUAUGUAGGUCGGCGAGGAAAUGGACCUCAAGCAAUUUCUAUUGGCAAGAACUGUGAUAAAUUUGGAAUUGUUGUUCAUGAAUUAGGCCAUGUGAUAGGCUUUUGGCAUGAACACACACGACCAGACCGAGAUAACCAUGUAACCAUUAUAAGGGAAAACAUUCAACCAGGCCAGGAGUAUAAUUUUCUGAAGAUGGAACCCGGAGAAGUGAACUCACUUGGAGAGAGAUAUGAUUUUGAUAGCAUCAUGCAUUAUGCCAGGAACACCUUCUCAAGGGGGAUGUUUCUGGAUACUAUUCUACCUUCUCGUGAUGAUAAUGGCAUUCGUCCAGCAAUUGGACAGCGGACUCGUUUAAGCAAAGGAGAUAUUGCACAGGCAAGAAAGCUGUAUAGAUGUCCAGCAUGUGGAGAAACACUACAAGAAUCCAAUGGCAAUCUUUCCUCCCCAGGAUUCCCAAAUGGAUAUCCUUCCUAUACACACUGCAUAUGGAGAGUUUCUGUGACUCCAGGGGAGAAGAUAGUAUUAAAUUUUACUACUAUGGACCUGUACAAAAGUAGCUUGUGCUGGUAUGAUUACAUUGAAGUACGAGACGGUUAUUGGAGGAAAUCGCCUCUCCUUGGUAGGUUUUGUGGGGACAAAGUGCCUGAAGUUCUUACCUCGACAGACAGCAGAAUGUGGAUUGAAUUUCGGAGCAGCAGUAACUGGGUAGGAAAAGGCUUUGCAGCUCUCUAUGAAGCCAUCUGUGGAGGUGAGAUACGGAAGAAUGAAGGACAGAUUCAGUCUCCUAAUUAUCCUGAUGACUACAGGCCGAUGAAGGAAUGUGUGUGGCGGAUAACAGUGUUAGAAGACUACCAUGUGGGACUGACCUUCCAGUCCUUUGAGAUUGAAAGACAUGACAGCUGUGCCUAUGACUACCUAGAAGUUCGAGAUGGAACCAGUGAAAACAGUCCUUUGAUUGGACGUUUCUGUGGUUAUGAUAAACCUGAAGAUAUAAGAUCUACCUCCAAUACCUUGUGGAUGAAGUUUGUUUCGGAUGGAACUGUGAAUAAGGCAGGGUUUGCUGCCAAUUUCUUCAAAGAGGAAGAUGAAUGUUCCAAACCUGACCGUGGAGGCUGUGAGCAGCGAUGUCUGAACACACUGGGCAGUUAUCUGUGUACCUGUGAGCCUGGCUAUGAACUGGGACCAGACAAGAGGACAUGUGAAGCUGCCUGUGGCGGACUUCUCACCAAACUAAAUGGUACAAUAACAACCCCAGGGUGGCCCAAGGAGUAUCCUCCUAAUAAAAACUGUGUGUGGCAAGUGGUUGCACCAAGCCAGUACAGAAUUUCUGUGAAAUUUGAGUUUUUUGAACUGGAGGGCAAUGAAGUUUGCAAAUAUGAUUAUGUGGAAAUCUGGAGUGGCCUCUCCUCAGAAUCUAAGUUGCAUGGCAGAUUUUGUGGAGCAGAAGUACCUGAGGUGAUCACCUCUCAGUUCAACAAUAUGAGAAUUGAAUUCAAAUCUGACAAUACUGUGUCCAAAAAAGGCUUCAAAGCACAUUUUUUCUCAGAUAAAGAUGAAUGCUCUAAGGAUAAUGGUGGGUGUCAACAUGAGUGUGUCAACACAAUGGGAAGCUACAUGUGUCAAUGCCGUAAUGGAUUUGUGCUGCAUGAAAAUAAACAUGACUGCAAAGAAGCUGAGUGUGAACAGAAAAUCCACAGUCCAAGUGGCUUUAUUACCAGUCCCAACUGGCCAGACAAGUACCCAAGCAGGAAGGAAUGCACAUGGGAACUCAGUGCCACCCCUGGCCACCGGAUCAAAUUAGCCUUUAGUGAGUUUGAGAUUGAGCAGCAUCAAGAAUGUGCUUAUGAUCACCUGGAAGUCUUUGAUGGAGAAACAGAAAAAUCUCCCAUUCUUGGACGGCUUUGUGGCAGCAAGAUCCCAGAGCCCCUUGUGGCCACUGGAAAUAAAAUGUUUGUUAGGUUUGUUUCUGAUGCAUCUGUUCAAAGAAAAGGCUUCCAAGCCACACAUUCUACAGAGUGUGGUGGCCGAUUGAAAGCAGAGCCCAAGCCCAGAGACCUGUACUCACAUGCUCAAUUUGGUGACAAUAACUACCCAGGACAGACUGACUGUGAAUGGCUGUUAGUAUCAGAACAGGGCUCUAGGCUCGAGUUAUCCUUCCAGAUUUUUGAAGUGGAAGAAGAAGCUGACUGUGGCUAUGAUUAUGUUGAGCUCUUCAAUGGCCUUGAUUCAACAGCUGUGGGGCUUGGUCGAUUCUGUGGAUCAGGGCCACCAGAAGAGAUCUAUUCCAUCGGGGACACAGUUUUAAUUCAUUUUCACACUGAUGACACAAUCAAUAAGAAAGGAUUUCAUCUAAGGUACAAAAGCAUUAGAGGUCCAGAUUCUACGCAUACCAAAAAUUAACACCAAAAGCUCCAUUGGAACAUCCAGGAAUGUACGUAAUGGAGAGAAGUCAUUUUUUUAAACGGAAGAGAUUAGUACAACUGUUUUCUAUAAUGGGUUUGAGCAGAAGAAACGUGUGAGACCAGAACUUUCUGUAUUGAAAGAGCAGUUUCCAGAUCACCUGAUCUGCAUUACUGAGAUACUGAACUGCAUGCUGGAUGAUCUGGAUU